AUGCCUGGCACAGUAGCAAGAGCGCCGGCGAAACGCGCCCUCGCCGAGACGUCCACCACGCGCACCAAUGUGCAGACGUCGCCCCGCUCCGCAAAGAAGUUGAAGGUCAAGGAUGGAAAAGACAGGAGCAGGCCGCCGGCGAGGACUGCCAAUGACUCUUUCAAUUCAAGCCAGGCAGGCCCCAGCCAGUUCGAGGAGACGUUGGAGCAAAUGACACGGGACAUGGAAACGCUGAAAAAAGACAACUCGGAGAGCGACCAGCAAUGGCGGCGGCCACCGUUGCCCGAAGACUUCAAUGAAAUGACCCAUAACCUGGUGUUUCAGCAGAUCGAGGCCGAAGAGGGUGUGCUGAAUGGGGGCAAGGCGACAGUCAAACUGUUUGGUGUGACCGAGACUGGCCAUUCCGUUCUCCUCCACGUCACCGGCUUUCAACACUACUUCUACGUCGCCGCGCCCAUCAACUUCCACAAGGAAGACUGCGAGCCCUACAAGAUCUUCCUCGAGAGCGAGUGCCAAAAGAGCUUCAACCAGCAUGCGGCAGUCAUAGCCUCAGUGCAAAUGUGCAUGAGGGAAAAUAUCCUGCGCUUCCAGGGUAAUCAGAAGAGCCCAUACCUCAAGAUUACCGUCAACGACCCCAAGAUGAUCAACCGAGUGCGGAUGAUGGUACAAAAGGGCAAUGCCAAUUAUAAACGACUUUGGCCGGCCAGAGAGGAUGGCAUCCUCACGUUCGACAACAUUGCUUAUGUACUGCGCUUCAUGAUCGAUACCAAGGUCGCCGGUAUGUGCUGGGUUGAAGUCCCUGCCGCCAAGUACAGAAUGAUCAACGUGCGAGAACGACAUUCAAACUGCCAGAUUGAGGCACAGGUGCAUUACAGCGACCUAAUUGCCCAUCAAUCUGAAGGCGAGUGGGCAAAGCUCGCGCCCCUCCGCAUCCUCUCUUUCGAUAUCGAGUGCGCUGGCCGCAAAGGUGUUUUCCCUGAGGCGAAUGUGGACCCCGUGAUCCAGAUUGCGAACGUCGUUACAAGAUACGGAGAGGAUAAACCUUUUGUCAGGAACGUCUUUUGUCUGGACACCGUUAGCCCUAUCGUUGCGACACAAAUUCUGUCCUUCCAAAAUGAGGGCGAUAUGUUGAUGAAGUGGCGCGACUUUGUCGAAGAGGCCGAUCCGGAUGUCAUCAUUGGCUACAACAUCAACAACUUCGAUUUCCCAUAUUUGCUAGACCGUGCCAAACACCUCAAGCUACAGAAGUUCCCAUACUGGUCUCGUCUCAAGACGGUGCAGUCCAAGGUAGAGACAUCCAACUUCUCCAGCAAACAGUUGGGAGCUCGAGAUACCAAAACCACCAACACGAACGGUCGGCUACAACUUGAUCUCCUCCAGCUGAUUCAGAGAGACCAUCAACUUCGAAGUUACACACUCAACUCUGUGUGCGCUCAUUUCCUAAAGGAACAAAAGGAGGAUGUACACCACAGCAUGAUUACGGAACUCUUCAACGGUGACUCCAACUCGCGAAGACGUCUGGCUGUAUACUGUUUAAAGGAUGCCUACCUCCCACAACGGCUUCUCGACAAACUCAUGUGUCUGGUCAAUUACACGGAAAUGGCUAGGGUUACAGGUGUGCCGUUCAACUAUCUUCUGGCCAGAGGACAACAAGUGCGCUUCAUCAGUCAGCUGUUCCGAAAAGCCAUUGAUCAUCAGCUGGUUGUCCCGGAUCUUCCAAACCAAGGCGACAACGGCGAUCAGUACGAAGGUGCAACUGUCAUUGAGCCCAAGCGUGGUUAUUACAAAGAACCUGUUGCCACUCUGGAUUUCGCUUCACUGUACCCCAGUAUCAUGCAAGCUCACAAUCUUUGUUACACAACAUGGCUCGAUAAGCAAACGGUGGAGAAGCUCAAGAUGAAGAAGGAUGAAGACUACAUUGUGACUCCGAACGGCGACAUGUUUUGUACAGCCAAGACACGCAAGGGUCUCUUGACGGAGAUUUUGGAGGAACUGCUGGGUGCACGUAAGAGAGCGAAGAAGGAGUUGGCGGUCGAGACGGACCCUUUCAAGAAGGCCGUGCUUAACGGUCGUCAGUUGGCCUUGAAGGUCAGCGCCAACUCCGUCUACGGUCUGACUGGUGCCACCAACGGAAAGCUUCCCUGUCUUGCAAUCGCCAGUAGUACCACCAGUUUCGGUCGUCAGAUGAUUGAGAGGGCCAAAGCUGAAGUCGAAGCAAAGUACAACAUUGCCAAUGGAUACUCGCAUGACGCAGAAGUCAUCUACGGUGACACGGAUUCGGUCAUGGUCAAGUUUGGAACCUCCGAACUAGCAGAGGCAAUGAGACUGGGCGAGGAAGCGGCGAAUUACGUGACGUCCAAAUUCCUCAAGCCCAUCAAGCUGGAGUUUGAAAAGGUCUACUUUCCCUACCUGUUGAUCAACAAGAAGCGAUAUGCCGGUCUUUACUGGACGAACCCGAACAAAUGGGACAAAAUGGACACCAAAGGUAUUGAGACGGUCCGUCGAGACAAUUGUCGACUUGUUCAAACCGUUAUUGAGACUUCAUUGCGCAUGUUGUUGAUCGACCAGGACCCGGAGGGAGCGCAGGAGUUUGUCAAAGAGACCAUUGCAGACCUUUUGCAGAACAAGAUCGACAUGUCCAAUCUUGUCAUUACCAAAGCCCUCACGAAGCAGGAAGACAAAGACGGCAAGGGUGGUUAUGCCAACAAGCAGGCUCACGUGGAGCUCGCAGAACGUAUGAAGAAGCGUGACGCUGGUUCUGCGCCCGCUCUCGGUGACCGUGUCGCCUACGUCAUGGUCAGGGCCGCGACCGGAGCAAAGAACUUUGAAAAGUCUGAGGAUCCAAUCUAUGUUCUGGAGAACAACUUACCCAUCGAUACGCGUUACUACCUCGAUAACCAGCUCGCCAAGCCGCUGGGCCGAAUCUUCGAACCUAUCUUGGGUGAAAAGAAGGCAGCUUCGCUUCUUACAGGUGAACAUACACGAUCUAUUUCCGUCGCUGCACCUACCAUGGGUGGUCUUAUGAAAUUUGCGAAGAAGACGCAGACCUGCAUGGGAUGCAAGAAGCCUCUUACCGCUGCACAUGAAAAGGAAGGUGCAGUCUGCGAGAACUGUCGACCUCGUAUUCCUGAAUUGUACACAAAGACCCUGACCAAAGUCAGCGAGCUAGAGGUCCGCUUCUCUCGUCUUUGGACACAAUGUCAGCGUUGCCAGGGAAGUGUUCACUGCGAGGUCAUCUGUGCAUCGAGAGAUUGUCCGAUUUUCUACAUGCGCAUGAAGGCAAGGAAAGACGUCGAAGAUGCAGGCAAGGAGUUGGUGCGAUUUGACAAAGACGCGGCGCUCUGGUAGUCACGAUGUUGUUCGCUCUCGGUAGCAGCGAGGCGUUUUGGUGUUUCAUGAUCUGUCAAUCCACGUGUACAACAGCGGUGGUAUGUGUUUAGAUUAAUUUAUAGCGAU